UAGCUCGCGCGGUCUCCUGGGUAACGGUGCGUAUGGCAACCACUGUAAACAACGCGCCCUGUCACACCGAGGUGAAGAGCGAACAAAACAGCUAUGGCUUUCUGCAAUACCGAGUAUUUCAACCAUAUUGGGAAUAUUCAAAAAACCAUGCACGAACGGGAGAGAGGGAGACAUGAGCUGGAAGAAAAACUGUUUGCCUACUUAAGAUCAGAGGAAAGAUUGACUAAGUUGAAGUGUGCCAAGAUGCGCUGCUAUUACAAGGAGCUGCGCGAGAGAGAGCAGCAAGCAAAGACACGCAACCUUGAGCUUCUUGGGAAUGUGGCGAACUUGGCAUCAAAAAUGAAAGAAUUCUCCAUUGAUUGUAGCAGGCUGCUUCAAAAGAGGUUGGAGUACAAUAAUCAUAUUACCAGACUGAAGAAAGACAGGAAGAAAAUGGGGAGCAGGGGGGAAUCAGAAGCGGACGAGCUCCCGAGCAGGUUACAGCUUCCGAGCACACAGGGAUCAUCACAGAGUGCUGUCAUCUUCACGGGUCACCAGACCUCCAAUGGCUCAUCAAGAAAUGAUGGCGUCACAACCACACGUUCACCAUCUCAGACAGAGCUGAUACCUAAUCAUCCUUCACUCUCUUCUCUACAAAGUGGCCUUUGUUUGCACUCCCAUGUUUCAAAAGUCAGUGGCACUGCCAUUUCAUCUGAUGACAUUCUAAACUCAGGUGAUUUCCUUGAUGGCAGACAUUUGAGUGACGUGCAUGAAAAGCAGAUGGAGUCUGAUUGGGACGUCUCUCAGAGGACAGGAGAGCAGCAUAGAUGGAAAGAACUAAACUCACCUCACAUGACCCUGAAAGAAGCCGAAGUGUCCUUUCGAUCUAUGACCGCGAAGAAGCCUGCAGACAUUGUGUCAUUAGAGAGGCGCCCGACCCGCAGUCCUUCCUCAGAUACCACUGAUCCAAGAGAUUCCUCACAAUACAUGAACUCUGGAGGUGAGGAUGAGGAAGUGUCUGCAGAGGAUGAAGGUGACUCUGCACCACAUCAAGAUAUUUCAGAUCACACUAGCAGCAGACAUCACGCUUUGAGAAGAGAUGCUGUAAUUCAAGAACAGCAUGUAUUAUCCUUUCAAACCAAAGGUGGUGCACACAAGCAGGUCAACACACAGGAAUCUGGAAGGCCUGACUCUCUCGAAUCCCCCAACAGGCUCUCCAUGGAAGGAUUUUGUCAUCUUCUGCACAGCAUUGAGCGACGUCUCAAUGCCAAAGACAUGAACCUCUACAGAAGCACAGUCAAUGAGCAGAAACUCGAUGAUAUCAUCAGUAUAUGUGGUCAGUGUGGGCGUCUGGAUGGUGUGGAACUGCAUGCGUGUGGUGCUGUGGUUCUGCAGCAGCUGCCCCUGUUGUCCUGCAGUCUGUCUCAUGGAUGCCUGUUACCCAGUGAUCUGAUCAACACUCACUGGUCAUCAGCUACAAAACCAGAACAGAUCAGGUCGUGUCUGUCAGCUGAAAGUGUUCUGCUGUGGGACUGCUGCUUCAGACACUUCUUACUGCUUCAGCAACAGAAAAUCCUCAGCGUUGACCACAUCAUCCAGCUCGUCACUCCACUCCUAGUGCCAAGCAAUGCCACCUACACUGAGAAGGCAGCGGAGCUGUUGAAGAGGCUUCUGACCCACGAAUCCGAGAACCAUCAGCCGUCAUCUUCUUGCAGCUUGCCCUCUCUUCUGGAUGACAGUGUGGAAAUCAAGCCCGCCAGGCCUUCCACAACAAAUGAGCAAACUGUUGGAACACAAGAGACCAAGGAAUAUCAGCUGCUUAAACAGUCUGUGGCACAAGAGAGGCACUGGAGUGACUCAGAGGAGGAUUCUGAGCCGUCAGACAUCAACAAAUUGGAGAGGUCUGAGGCGCUCCGGGAAUCUUUAAUGCAAAAUAGCCGGAAGACUGCAGAAAGUAAAGCUUUCUCUGCUGUCCAGUCAAAGGCAUUUUGGGGAGAAUCAGAUGACAGCAAUUCUGAGAUCGAAAUGGCCUUGCGUCCUCAGUCCCGCAACACCAGCAGCCAUGACUUUGAUGAUUUUUAUGAUUAACAUUUCUCUUUUGAGAGCUCACACUCGUUUUUUUAUUUUUUUCAAUGAGCAGUUAAUAUGUUUGAAAGAGAUGCCUUUAUACGAUCGCAAAACAAACAAAAAUCUUCACUGAGGAAUGAGUGCGACAUUCCACGAAAACAAAAAAGAGCCAUCCUCUUUAUUGUGGCCAAAGACUGUGAAGAGUUUUCAAAACAUGUCGGUGUUAACCCUGCUUGAAUCUCUUUAGCUGAACAACACUUG